AUGUCAACUCAUGGGGAAAUAGAUUAUGAAUCGAUACCACAGUUCUUGCGCCCAUCCUGCGAGCGGUGGUUAUCACAAGAUAGAAAUACGGCGACCCGCUCGGAAAUUAUGAACCUUAUAUGCAAUAGGGAUUGGAAUGAGCUGCACAACCGGUUCGAUGCAAGAAUUGCGUUUGGCACAGCAGGGUUGCGUGCUCGUAUGGAGGCAGGUUUCAGUCGAAUGAAUACUUUGGUGGUUAUUCAGGCAACUCAGGGUUUGGCUCUGUAUGUCAAGCGUCAGUUUCCAGAUAAUUUAGUGGCUGUAGUGGGUCACGAUCAUAGGCAUCACUCUCAUGAAUUUGCAGCUGUUACAGCGGCUACGUUUUUGGAAGCAGGAUUCAAAGUUUAUUAUCUCAAUGACAAGAAUCACUUUACUCAUACCCCUAUGGUGCCUUUUACCGUUGAUCAAGUCGAAGCCUCAGUUGGUGUCAUGAUUACCGCCAGUCAUAAUCCAAAGAUGGAUAAUGGCUACAAAGUUUAUUAUGCUAAUGGCUGCCAAAUAAUCCCUCCCCACGACAAGGGAAUUGCAGCCAGCAUUGAUGAGAAUUUGAAUUUAUGGACCAACGCUUGGAAGUCUGAGGAGGUAAUCGACAGUAAUCUGGCUAGGGGAACCUUCAUUUAUGCUCAAAAGGAAAUGACUAGCAAAUAUGUUUCAAAAAUGUGCAAGUCUCUCGUUAUUGAGGGCACUAAAUCUUUACUGGAAACAGCAAAACCGUGGUUCGUAUACACAGCCAUGCAUGGGGUGGGCGGCUCUAUUUUCAGUCGCAUAAUGGGUGAAAUAUUAGGUUUGAAGUCAGGGAGAGACUAUUUAGAGGUUGAGCAGCAAUGCAAGCCUGAUCCUGAUUUCCCAACGGUCUCAUUUCCAAAUCCAGAAGAGAAAGGAGCAUUGGAUCUAUCAAUUGCAUUAGCGGAUAGAAACGGUAUCUCUUUAGUACUAGCUAAUGAUCCUGAUGCAGACAGAUUUUCGGCUGCCGUCAAGAAACCAGAAACUGGCAAGUGGCAACAACUAUCAGGAAACCAAAUAGGCUUCUUGUUCGCUUAUUACGAGUUCCAAUGCUACGAACAAAAAUCAACGGAAUUUAAAAAGUCCCAUCCCUUAGCAAUGUUGAGCUCCACAGUUUCCUCUCAAAUGAUAAAAAGAAUGGCGGAAAUUGAGGGAUUCUAUUUUGAGGAUACACUAACCGGCUUUAAGUGGAUUGGAAACCGUGCAAUUUCCUUAGUACAAGAAGGUUAUUAUAUUCCUUUUUCGUUUGAGGAGGCAAUUGGCUAUAUGUUUCCCCAAAUGGAAUUUGACAAGGAUGGAAUUAGUGCUGCCGUUGUAUUUCUGCAGGCCUAUAAACUAUGGUCAUCAAACUCGCACAAGAAUCCAUUGGAUCUAUUAAAGCAGGGUUACGAGCGGUAUGGUUUCUUCAAGGAAUACAAUGGAUACUUUUAUGUCAGUAAACCCGAAAUUUUGAUAGAUCUCUUUGCUAAAGUGAGGCAGUACCGCAAUAUGUCUGGCAAAUGCUACCCUACUGAAAUUGGUUCGGAAUUCGAUGUCAUCUCUUUUAGAGAUUUGACUUUAGGUUUCCAAUCGGAUACAAAGGAUCACAAGCCUACGCUACCAGUCGAUCCUUCUUCACAAAUGAUCACUGUCGCAGCAAAACUACGUAACUCAGACGAUAGGGAACAGAUUAGGUUCACACUCAGAGGGUCGGGCACAGAGCCGAAGUUAAAAGUAUAUAUAGAAUCAUGUGCUCAAAGCGAAUCAAGAGCACUGUCCCUAGCAAAAUUAGCCUCGGAAGUACUUCAGAGGGAAUGGUUGAUUCCUGGCGUCGGCGGUUUAUCCAAGGAAUUUCACAGGACAUAA